AUGAGACUCCUUGGUGUUGGUUACGAUGGUUUACGAAAGUUUUGCGAUAUAAUGGACCUCCCGAAAAUAGUCCAAAAAAAGGUUUAUUAUGAUAUAAUGAGUAAUAUUCAUUGUGCGUCAAAAGCCGUUGCCAAUUCGUUGUUUUCUGCAGCUGCUGCCAAGGAAAAAAUUUUGACGGAAUAUGUCGAAAAUGCUGUCCAACCGACGACGGGAUUAACUGUUUCUGGCGACGGAACUUGGCGAAAGCGAGGUUUUUCGUCGUUACAAGGGAUAACGACUUUAAUCGGACAUUAUACAGGAAAAGUUAUCGAUCUCAUAGUAAAAUGCUCGUACUGUAAACAAUGCGAAUACUGGAAAUCACACGCCGAGGACUUCGAUGAAUGGAUGAAAACACACGGAAACGAGUGCUGUGCGAAUCACACUGGCAGCGCCGGGAAAAUGGAGGUGGACGCGGCUGUAGAAAUGUUCGGAAGAUCUGAGAAAUUGCACGACGUGAAAUAUACUUCGUACGUCGGUGACGGCGAUUGUAAAACUUUUAAAGGCGUCACAGAAUCUAUACCUUACGGUGAAGAUGUUAUUAUCACAAAAAAAGAAUGCGUUGGCCACGUGCAGAAAAGGAUGGGAGCUCGGUUGAGAAACUUGAAAAAAAAAUUCAAAGGACUGGGCGGUAAAGGAAAGCUCACAGCAAAACUUGUAGAUGAGUUAAGUGUUUAUUACGGGUUAGCCACCCGAAGAAAUAAAGAUUCUGUGCCAAAUAUGAAGAAGGCUAUCUGGGCCACGCUGAAACAUAAAUCAUCAACUGAUAAGAACCCACAACACGAGAAUUGUCCGCCUGGGAAAGACAGCUGGUGCACCUGGCAACAAGCUAAAGCUGAGGAUAAACUGGCAGAUUACAAACAUAAAACGGCUCUCCUCGACAAAGUGCUGAAGGCCAUCACUCCUGUGUAUGAAGAACUGAGCAACGAAGAUUUAUUGGAGCGCUGUGUAGGAGGAUACACUCAAAACAAUAAUGAGAGUCUAAACGCAAUGAUUUGGUCGUUUGCUCCGAAGCGAACAUUCAGCGGCUCCGAAACCGUCGAAAUUGCAUCAUAUUUUGCAGCAAGCAUUUUCAAUGAAGGCUUCCAGAGUAUCCUCAACAUGAUGCAAGUCAUGAAUAUAAGAAUUGGGCCAAAUGCCGUCGAUAUGUGCAACAUGACGGACAAACAAAGAGUUUCAAUUGCAAACACGCGGACGUUCGACGCUUCAAGAGAAAGAAGAAUCAAGAAAAGAACAAAAAGAUUGGCUGUUGAAGAGGCUUUUCUUGAAGAGGAAGGUCCAAUAUAUGUAGCAGGAAUGGCAGAAUAA